GCUCCUAUCUCAUGAUUUAGAGUAACAAAUCUGUUGUUUUGUUAGGGGCCAUUUUGUGUCAUCCUUUGUAUAGAGGUUAUGACCCUGUUUGACUUACCCCGGCAAGGUUUUGAAGGAUGGGGAAGGAGGAGGGUUAACCCAGGGCCCUGAUCCUUUCCAGUAGGGCACUCCCUCCAACUACGACUUCCCACUCUAGCUUUAAACAUGGCUUCAUGAGGACUGGACUAGACCAGAAAUGCCUCUCCAGGUGGCACAUCUAAUCCUUCCUCCCAGGAGGCUAAUUGGUCCAAGAGCUCCGGGGACAAUUCUUGAUCAGGAACUGUGGGAGGCUCCCUCAACCUCCAGAUCCCCUUGUGUGUGCUGCAUGGCAGAGCAAAUUAGAGACAGGAGUGAGGCAUGGUCCUCCUUUAGAAAUCUGUCUCCUCCCCCUCUAAACACAAGCAAACAAAAGCAACUCCUGAUGAGAAUCGAAAACAGUUUAGGGCUCUAGGGCACACCUGCUGCCCCUUGCACCCCAUAUCAGAUACCCGCCGGCCAAGAAAAUAGGCCAAGCACCCAGAAAUAUUGUGCUAUCAACUUCGAGUGGCCACAGGUCUCCCAGCCCCUAAGGAUAUCUCCUUACAAUAACCAGUCGUGAAGCCCCCUUUUGGGCCAGCCCCAACUUGGAAGCCACCAUUUCCACCACAGAUACCUGCCCCUCCCGGCCCACACUCUUCUCCCCCUCCACCUUCCUGCUCACCCCUUCGCCGCGGCCUGGGGUGGCAGGAAGGGAGGUGCUGGGCACCGGCCGUGAAAAGCAAACCCCCUCCUGCUCAGAGAGAGCGGCACUGCGCCAGGGAGGACGCAGGUCCAGUGACCCUGGCCAUGCAGUCCACCGAGGCCUGGAGUCACAGCUGGAGCACGCCGUCCUGGGACUAUUCGGGCUCUGGCUCCCUGGACCAAAUGGAGCUUUGCCCGGCCUGGGACCUGCCCUACGCUCACGCCAUCAUCCCUGCGCUCUACCUGGCGGCCUUCACCGUGGGCCUGCCGGGCAACGCCUUCGUGAUGUGGCUGCUGAGCGGACGGCGCGGACCGCGGCGGCUGGUGGACACCUUCGUGCUGCACCUUGCGGCCGCCGACCUGGGCUUCGUGCUCACACUGCCACUGUGGGCGGCGGCGGAGGCCCGGGGCGGCCUGUGGCCCUUCGGCGACGGCCUGUGCAAAGUCAGCACCUUCGCGCUGGCGGCCACGCGCUGCGCGGGCGCGCUGCUGCUGGCGGGCAUGAGCGUGGACCGCUACCUGGCCGUGGGCCGGCCGCUGAGCGCGCGGCCGCUGCGGAGCCCGCGCUGUGUGCGAGCCGCGUGCUGCGGCGCCUGGGCGGUGGCGGUCCUGGCCGGGCUCCCCGCCUUGCUCUACCGCGGACUGCAGCCGAGCCCGGACGGCCCGGGCAGCCAGUGCGCCGAGGAGCCGUCGGAUGCACUCCAGGGCCUCGGCCUGCUGCUGCUGCUGCUGACCUUCGCGCUGCCGCUGGCUGUCACCCUGGUCUGCUACUGCCGCGUGUCGCGCCGCCUGCCGCGCGUGGGGAGGGCCCGGAGCAAUUCGCUGCGCAUCAUCUUCGCCGUGGAGAGCGUCUUCGUGGGUUCCUGGCUGCCCUUCGGCGUCCUGCGAGCCAUCUUCCACCUGGCGCGCCUCCGGGCUUUGCCUCUGCCCUGCGCGCUGCUGCUGGCGCUGCGCUGGGGUCUGGCGGUCGCCACCUGCCUGGCUUUCGUCAACAGCUGUGCGAACCCGGUCAUCUACCUCCUGCUGGACCGCUCGUUCCGCGCCCGGGCCCGGUUCGGGGUGUGCACGCGCGCCGGGCGCCAGGUACGAAGGAUCAGCUCGGCGUCCUCGCUCUCCAGGGACGACAGCUCGGUGUUCUGGGGCCGGUCCCCAAAGGCGAACUCUGCCUCGGCCUCGUAGCCUCCCGUUGGCGGCGCAGGUGGAGCGGCCGCGGAGCUCCAAAGAGAGGAGCCACACGGAGGACGAUCGUGCUCCCAAGAUGCGCCCGGAGGACUGCCCAUCGGUUUUCUCGGAGCUGGCUAAGACUGGCUGUUCUCGCAGACUGAUAGACGUGGGAAGGGUGGGGAGUUUCCUUAAUUUUCCCCAGGGCAAGAAAGGCUGUAGACACCCACCUGGUUUACCCAGUCGAUGUGAGGGAAGUGAGUUUUCCUCUCUGCUUCAUUUGGUGUAGCUCAGCUCAAACAUCCAACGCAGACUCUCAACGGCCCUUCUUGCCCCAGACCGUUCUUGCCCCUGCAAAGCCUUUGCCAUCCGAGAAAUUUCUCCUCCACAUCAGCCCUCUACUAAUGCCACCUCAGAAAUGUUCUGUAGAACGAGAGGGGCGACAGCCCUUUCUCUGGCCAUCUUUGUAGCUUCAGUGACUGAAUCCUUUCACAUCCCCAGUUGGGAUAUUCAUUUUCAAAGGCUCACCAAAGACAUGGGAACCACCUCCAGUCUGAGCUGCCCAACUUGAUCCUUCCCACCUGUUCCUUCAGAGUGCCAACCUGGCUGUGGUGACCCUUCUCCCCUCUGGGGAAGCUGUUCUGACCUUCCUUCUUAGUGCUGGGAGCUGACAUUUCAGCAGGCAUUCCGAUUCCCCAUCACGCAGCCAGGGACCCCGGGUUCUUCUGUGAGUUCACAUCUCAAUAAUAAUAAUAAUAAUAAACCGCUGGUUAGCCCUCGUUA